CUCCACCCGGCCGAGGACCGACUCGACGCGAAGAAACCUAAUUACCUUCUUAUGGAACCAGCUAAGAACGGCUAAGAACAUUGAAUCGUUGAACCACCAAAAUACAUUCAUUAUUUUUUAAUUAUUUUUAACCCCCUGGUUCCCCUUCUCCAAAAGGGUCCCCACUCCCUCACGGAUAACAUCGCACUAGGUUCGAAGUAGCGCAAAGAAGCCCGCAACCCAUUCAUUCAAGCUCAUCCGACCAUUGACUAGGAAACGCUCUUUUUCGCAACUAUAUUUGUUUUAAUUUCAAAGCUGUUGAACAGUCAGUUCUGACUCAUAACCCUCAUUUCGAUCUCGCGAUUCUUCGCCGUUUCAUACGAAUACCAAGAGUCAUCUCUACAAUCCAAUCGAACCGUACAAAUACCAGAUCCCGAAUCGCAAGCUUCAUAUUCAGGCGAAUCGAAACUACCGACUCCCAUAUCCCAGAAAAUAAGAUCAAUCAUGGCAACCAACGCAGACGAACGGCCAACAUUUCGCCGUGAUUCCCCCUCACCCGAGACCACUCCUACGAUGGCCCUCAAUUCCAAUAGGAUGAGUACCGGUCGGAUUGUUUCGACCUCCUCAUCUGUUUCCCGCACCUCAAGUGCCGAUGGUGCUUAUCGAGAUUCCCUAAGUAGCGACGCAUUCUCUCGACUAUCUUCCUCGAGCUAUCAAUCUAGAAGAUCAGACAUCAGCAUUGCGUCCUCGCGCCAAUCCACCGGGAGUUAUGAUAGACCCUUAAAGAGACGCGGCUUCACGAAGCCUCAAGGAACGGAUUUCGCUUCUAGUGCAAGACAUCGAGAGAGUGUUCUAAGUUUGGGAAGCAUUUCGCAUCUUCAGUACUAUUUUGCGAGGACGGGGUUGUUGGAUGGGAAAGGUGGACAACUAGCAAGGAAGAGACACCCAAGAGCAACAUUAGACUUGUCGCAGUUGGAUACAUCCUCCUUGCUGAGCCCAAAGCUCACAGCCUCAGAUGUAGACUCUUCAUAUGCCUCGAUGGGGAGCAGCCCAGAUUUGGGCGCCCAGAAUUUCGCCGGUGGCCUCAUGGUAGAAUCUCCUACCGACGACCACGAUGGAUUUUACUCGGAUGAGUACGAAGAACCGGAAACAGACGUCCUACCACCAACUACAAGUACAUACAUUCAUCGCCAGAAGCCUGUUCCCAAGCCGCCCACUAUUGAGGAACUGAAAGCGGACUUGACAAAAGCACUGGAUUCCGCAUCAAGGGUAUUGGCAGAAUCAACACCAGUACCAAAUAAUUCGCCUAUCAAAGAGGCUGAUCUACCACCAGCACUUCAGUCCCCCAAACCAUCGCAAACAUGGUACGAAAUCCAAGGAGUGCAACUACUGGAUGUGAUGACGUUAGCCAUCCGAGCUGCUAAGAUCUACUAUACGUCACAUGAGCAUCCAGAUCGAUUAGAUGCUAUCAAGCCCGAAAAGGAAAUACGCUCAGAGUUACUUUCGGUCAUGGAGGUACUAAAACACAUGGCAACUAGGAAUUUCGCCGGUGGCCCCCGUGGAGACGAACAUAAGACGAUGAGGUCUUGGAUUGAUAGUAUACGUACCAUGCUUAGGAAGGAGGAAGAAAUUGAGAAAGCCGAGCGUGCCGAGAGAGCUAGCUGGACUUGGUUGAAGGGAGACUGGUCCGGAAGGGAAAUUGAGCGGGAGAUAGCAUUUUUGAAUUCGAUCGACACCGAAGCUGAGCCAUUACCGCCAUGGACGCCAAUUGAUCAGAAUGGCGAACUCCCAACUCCGUUCUUAGCAAGUUUGCAAAAUGGGUUGAGGCUUGUCAAGCUUCAUAACGCAACCGUCAAGAAGUCACGACGACGCUUCGGGGCUAUUGGAACAUUCCAUACUGACACACAGAAACCAUACAGGUGUGCAGAGAAUCUACGAUAUUGGAUCAAAGCCGCCGAACUCCGGUGGGAAGUAAUAUUAAAAGUGGAUGUAAUGGGCGUCGUAUAUAACAGUGAUCCCCAAGUAUGGGUGGAUUUCGAGGCGGCUCUCUGGAAGUGGUGCCGCAAAGUGCGGGAGGAGAUCACCGCCGAGUGGGAAGGUUAAGGGCGAGCAACAGCUCAGGCCCUUUUACGAGUUCAUGCUUACGACAUUCCAUUCAGUUAAGAUUCUACAAACCAGACUUUGCUGUUCUCGAUGAGCAAGCAAAGGAGGUCCUCAUGGUUGGUUAGUGACCAUACCAAAAGAGCGAGAUGUUGCCAUAUCACCAUUUACACCAUAUACCCCCAAAAGCAUAGUAUUAUUGAUUGGUCUUGUAUUCAUCCGACCCUUUAUCAAAAGUUUCCAUACUUGAAGGAUACCUAAGUUGAUAAAACAACCAAGCUUAUUAUUUUUUUUUCCACUCAGCUUCGAUCAUAGCAGAUAGCUUCCAUACCAUUCAACCAUGAAUUGAAAAAAAUACAUGGUGCAAACAUAUUUCUAAAACCAAGUAUUGAAGAAAUCCCAAGUGAUUCAUCCAAAUACCAGCUCUAAUAAUUAAUCAAGCGGUAUAUGUUAAUGGCAUACUUAUGUGUGUUGGUCAUCAUGAAUGUUUUAAAUUGUUAUUAAUGAAUUAUGUAAGUCAGAAUUGUAUUAGAUAAUACGGUAGAUUCUCGAGUGGGUCUAGACUUGGCGGACCCGGCCAGGCAAACGGAAGCUGCAUCAGCUAUUAA